AUUGCUAAUGAGCGUUUUUUGGACUAUUUCAUUUAGUAAAACAGUAGGAAGUGGAAAAUCUUCGAUGCCCCAUGUUCAGCCAUGGCGGGUCAGUUUUGCACAUUUGGAUCCUUUCAAUGCGCUUCGUGGGGUACCAUCGGAUUUAAAAGGAGGGUUGCUCCUAUAUUUGGUGUUAAGAUGGAAUUGGAGAACCAAAUAAGUGAGGAAAAAUAUGCGGCUGAUAUUAGCUCCAUAAAGGAAGCAGAAACCCGCAUCAAGCCAUUCAUACACAAAACUCCUGUCCUGUCCUCUGAAUCUUUAAAUACUCUUUCAGGAAAGCGGCUCUUUUUCAAAUCUGAACUAUUUCAAAAGGGUGGUGCUUUCAAAAUUAGAGGUGCUUGCAAUGCAGUUUUUUCACUUGACGAUGCUCAGGCUGCUAAAGGGGUUGUAACACACAGCAGUGGUAAUCAUGCAGCAGCACUGGCUUUGGCUGCAAAUCUGCGGGGAAUCGCUGCUUAUAUAGUUAUACCUAAAAAUGCUCCAAAAUGUAAAGUUGAGAAUGUUAUGCGUUACGGCGGUCAGGUUAUCUGGAGUGAGGCCACAAUGCAGUCAAGAGAGAGUACUGCAGCUAAGGUGUUGCAAGAAACUGGUGCAGUUCUUCUACAUCCUUACAAUGAUAGGCGCAUUAUAAGUGGGCAGGGUACUAUAGCAUUGGAGCUUCUGGAGCAAGCUCCACAAGUAGACACCAUCAUAGUUCCCAUAAGUGGAGGUGGUUUGAUAUCAGGAAUGGCUUUAGCUGCCAAGUCCAUCAACCCUGCCAUUAGAGUUAUAGCUGCAGAACCUACAGGAGCCAAUGAUGCAGCUCAAUCAAAAGCAGCUGGUAAAAGAAUAAUAUUGCCACACACCAAUACCAUAGCAGAUGGGCUUCGAGCUUUUCUUGGUGAUCUAACCUGGCCAAUCGUACGAGAUUUGGUUGAUGACGUUAUAACUGUGGAUGACAAGGAGAUAAUAGAAGCCACGAAACUCUGUUAUGAAAUUCUCAAGGUUGCUGUUGAACCCAGUGGAGCAAUAGGCCUAGCUGCUGUUUUAUCCGAUAGUUUCAAGAACAAUCUUGCUUGGAAGGAUUGCAAUCACAUUGGAAUUGUACUCUCUGGAGGCAAUAUAGAUUUGGGUGUUCUAUGGGAUUCAUUCAAAAAGUGACGGCUAUUUUAGUUUGCUUUUUUCUGAAACUGAAUUUUUCCCAAAGUAAUGAUGCUUCAAUCCACAAUGUAAUGAAACCCUUGUGUAAUCUUAUCUAUUGUGUAAACAAUUGACAGCUUUAGCGCUUCCAUUACGCAUUCAAAGUUGGUAAUGACUUUUUAAAAUA